AUGCUAACCUUAUCAGAUUCAACCGCUACCGAUAUUACUACUGCUUUCGAGACAACGCAAACCCAGAGCUCUAUUGGCACUACAACUGCCUCUUUCUCGGUCUGUCCUACCCUGAUCGCAAAUCCAACUUACACACCCACCUCGCCCCUACCAACGGAUUAUACAUGGGGUUGCCCACCUGGCUACCUUUGCAAGCCCCCUCAUACCGGUGACCGUGCCCACUGCAAUGUUGAAGCUGGACUUCCAGCAGCUAGUUACGUGUGUAGCCCAUCUGAGUGUAUUGUAUCACCGCCAUUAGUGUCAGAGCAGGGAUCGAAUGCUGUUGGCCACCAUUACAACGUCUCCGACGAGUAUUAUAACCUAGAUCCAGAGGACUUUGGUCUCAGGUACUCUAUCUUCAAAGGCUCAGAAGAAUCAACGACAGCUAUUCGAAAGCGUGACUUGAUAACAUUGGAUGGCAGUGGUAUAUCUCUUUGGAAUGUCUUCUCCAGCCAAAGGAUCAAGAGGGAUAUAUCAGAUAUUCCCGGUGUUUGCUACAACGAUUGCAAUGAUGCGGCAUUGGAGCCGCAAGAGAUCGGGAAAAUCCACGAGCUGUGCGAGAGUGACUCGGCAUUCAUGGUUGAGCUAGGCAAUUGCAAGACUUGCAUUAGUACCUACGCUUCAUCGCCCUCGGCCGCAUGGUCUCAAAGGUUGUUGCCUUCGUUCGCACAGUUCCUAGAUUAUUGCUCGAAUUUGACAACGACUUCCACAAGCGUUGCUGCGGAGACGACUACUCUCAGUACUACAACGUCAGCAGGUGCCACGGAAACGAGCGUUCUGCUCACCGGAGGGUCCACCGCCACCAGUGUCGAGGUAUCGACAGUGGCCACUACCCUUACAUCAACCCAGUCAAUGAGCAUUCAAGUUUCUGAAGAAGCAGUCACAACCAGUUUCGCUGCAUUGACAUGGACUGUAACACGGAACAGUGAGAGUAGUGAUACUACCAAGGCCACCAACUCCGCCAACACUGAUAGUACCAUCACUGUCAGUACCCAGACUGGACAAACGUCCAGUUCAGCGUGGACAACUCUGGCCACUACAAAGAGGACAGCUUCUGGGACUGGUUCGAUGGUGUCAGAGUCUGGAGCUGAGAGAACAGUAACUCAGGAUGGUAAAUUGACAGGGAAGCCAAGCACAACUGGAGAUGCUUUCAUUAAUUCUGGGAUCCACACCACUAAAGCAUCUGCCUCUACCUCUGCCUCUAUUUUUGAUAGCCCUCACUUUGCAUCAGCAUCGGCUAAUGGUGUGCCUCACGUCGGCUUACUGAGUUGUCUGCUGGCUGUCAUUCUGUCAAUUCUUUAG